AGCGCGGGGAGAGGGUGUAUGCGAGCAGUCGAAUCAUAAAUUUCAAGGAGGAAGCGAGGACCGGCAGUCGCGGCGGUUCGAGGCGACAAGAACGAAAGAAAAGUUUGGGCGUAUGCGGCGUGGCUACCCUCUCUUCGUUUCACCUUCGCGGCCGUCCCGUUUCACCCUUCUCCGUGCUUCUCCUUCUCUCUUUUUCCACCCCCGUGAAAUCGACGUUGCGCGUUUAUCGAACGACUGCGCGCGCACCGAUAACAGGGAUGGGGCGUGCGAAGUGUUGGUUGGUCGCGGAGAAAGCGGCGGUGGACGAACGCAAACGUAGGGACCGAACGAGCGACGACGACCACGACGACGACGACGACGACGACGACGACGACGCCGAGGCGGACGAGGACACGGCGACGGCGACGUCGGCGAAGACGGGAGUAGCAGACACGAAUCGGAGCCCGCCGCGUGAGUCGCAACCGUUUCCGACUCUCUCUUUUGGCGAACCGCACAGCCCUCGCGUUGUCAACAACUCGACAUAGCCCCCGUGUGUGUCGCAAGCGUGCACAUCGACGACCACAUUCGUCCGUGGACCCAUGCCCGUCCCGCGGAGGGUGAACGUAGAGGUAUCCCCGCGACAUCGCGAAUGGUGCAUCGCUCGUUUACGAGAAUGAACAAAGAAAGACGAAUUUCUAUGCGCCGAGAGUGACACCGCGGGAACGACCAUCACGGUUUGUUUUUGUUUAUCGAUUGCAUCGGCCGACACAGUGCCGACCGCGGAGAGAUCGAGAAAUCAACGAAGUGAUCGGAACGGUACGCGCCGAAGUGCAUCGAAUGUGCUGGUGCAGCCCCAACGGUUGUUUCGGAGGGAUCGCGAGAAGAGGGUGGAUUCGCUAAGAAAAGAGUGCACCGUAGCCUCUCGAAACCUACGAGGGAGGACAUAUCCGAUGAGGUAGCCCGAACGGUCGGUUCUGUAUUUUCAUUCACCUGGUUCGUCCUCCCUCCGAGAGGCGGAGGACGGCGAGACAUCGAUCGCUCGCCAUUUUGCACAACGACCGACAUCUUCUCCACGCAUCGACGACAUUUUCCCCCGCCAGUGGCACCUCGCGGAAGAAACACCUCGCGACUCGACUCGGAGAAGCGUCUCUCGAUCUAGAGAAGUGUGCGCGUCUGGACCGUGUAUAGUUUGGUGAAGGUGUUCUUGUCUAUCGAUUCGCGACUAAGCUCAGCCGUAUUACGCGCGAGAGUCUCCCGUCGAGGAGAAGGUGCUCGGUAGUGGUUGAAGUCACCGAAGCAAAGGUAGAAAGGAAAGCAGAAUCAGCCCAUAAGGUCCGAAGAAGAAAGGAAAGGAGGAGGCGACAGGGUCGUUUAGGUCGAAGGUAGAAAUCAGCAGGCUGGGAGGUCGGCUGAGUGAGGUGGUGGGUCCCGUCGUGGAGGUGCCCAUCGAACCAGGGGGUGCGAUCCCGAGGGGACCCCCGAGAGACUCCUCGGUUCCUGGAGCACUCCCGCCACCCCCGCAGCCCAUUACCACCCCGAGUCCACCGAGACCUCCGCCCACUACGUCUCAGCAAACACAGAAUCCGGGUCGUCGGACCCACGAGACGAACUCGGACACCUCGAACCCAGGUCACCAACAAACCCAAAACCCGAGUCAUCGUCAAAAUCCCGGACAUCAGGCGCAGAAUCCUGGACAUCAGACUCAAAACCCCGGCCAACAAAACCAGAAUUCGAGCAAUCAGUCGCUAAAUCCUGGCCAACAGGCCCAGAAUCCUGCUCCACCGGCUCAAAACGCGAAUCGACAGUCCCAAAAUCCCACGCACCAGGGAACGAAGACGCAGCAACCGUCGUUGCAACAGCAACACUCGGUGCAAAAGCCACCACCUCAACAACAACAACAACAACAACAACAACAACAACAACAACAACAACAACAACAACAACAACAAGAGCACCGAACCAGCACCAUGGGUACCGUGCUCUCGUUCAGUCCGCGGGAGAGACGGAGUUCCGUCUACCCGCCGCCGGGACACCAGCAUCCCGCUGAUUUUACGCUCAACAAUUUCAAUUACGAGCAGCUGAACAACGCGAAGAAUCGCGAGAAGAAGAGCGGAGUGGCUACAGUGGCGCCGGCGCCGCCCACGAGUCACCCGCCCACGAACAAUAAUUCGUUGCAGAACAACAAUAUCAAUCUAAACAACAACGGCAACACCAGGCUCAUCUCGGAAAAGAACGGUUUCGACACUACCCUGAAGAAGCCCUCGUUGUUUAUAAACGCCCUGUCGUGGAGGCGGUUCAGCACCUCGAACAACAAUAAGAAGAAGUUCGACAACAAGAACAAGAACACCGCCUUCAGACAGCCGCUCGAUAAUAUACCGAUCGUCGACCAGAACAAGAACGUACAUACACCGCAGAUAAAACGAUCAGCGUCGAACAAUAAUCACACGACGUACAACCCGACAUGCGAGAAACUAGUUCAGAAGCCCUUACCCCCCGGGCCAAGGAAAACUGUGAUCCAAGCCUCGACCUCGGAAUUGCUCAAGUGCCUCGGCGUCUUCCUUCACAGGAAAUGCACCCGUUUAAGAGACUUCCAAGCCGGCGACGCUGUCAUGUGGCUGAGGACCGUGGACAGAAGCCUGCUGCUUCAAGGCUGGCAGGAUGUCGCCUUCAUCAAUCCCGCCAACGUUGUGUUCGUUUAUAUGCUGGUGAGAGAGCUGGUGGACGGAGACGAGGCCUCCGAGAGGGAACUUCAGGCGACGGUGUUGACGUGCCUCUACUUGAGCUACAGUUACAUGGGUAACGAAAUCAGCUACCCCCUGAAACCGUUCCUCAUUGAGGACAGCAAAGACAAGUUCUGGGAUAGGUGCUUGCUGAUCGUCAAUCGACUGAGCUCCGAGAUGCUGAGAAUCAACAGCGAGCCAGGAUUUUUCACGGAGAUCUUCACCGAGCUGAAGGCCUGCGGAGCUGGGGAUCGAGGUAGUCUGCCUGGUACCGGCCUCGAGAGGAGCCUCGUCGUCUCCGGAGUCGCGGUACCCACCAAGGCGGCUUGACGGAGCUACACACACCUGCUGGUGCGCAUCGCCAGGCACGGCUGCGACGUCACGACACUCUGACGACGGCCGUCGCGACGACGAGGGGCUGCCCUCGCAGCUUGACCUCUCUGCAUCGACCUCAACCUCGACGUUG